AUGUCUGACUUCUCGCUACUAUCUAAUCUGACGGACUCGGAAAACUCUAAAAAACUUCCAGUUCACAACACUGUUUUUCAAUUCAAAGAAAGGAUACUUACUCCCAUUACAAAUACCUGUCAGUCGGAAACUCUGGUUUCUACUGGAUUUGACAGCAAUAUACAAUCACCCAAACUGCAUAUUCUAUCCACUACCAUUAUGGGCACAGAUGAUGAUUCUAAACAAUGUCAUCUUUCUUUUGGUCAAAACUCUAUUCCUGCUCCAACAUCAGUGGAUUCUCCUGUGCUGGUCGCGGACAAUCAUUUAGAAUCUGUUGUCGAUCUGGUGCAUCAUUCACCAGUAAAUUCUACUAUCCAUACAGCAUCAUAUCCAAUUACAUCAGAAACUGAUUUGACAAGUAUACCUACCGCUCGAAUGUCGAAAAGAACCAUUUCAAAACAACAGCCUUCCCUUGCUUGUAUGGCCACUCCAUCCGAUAUCUUUGUUAAAGAUUUAUCCAAACCCAUCAAACAAAAACGAUCCAUUAGACCGUCAGAUCCCACAACUGGCCAGAAACAACGAGCAACUCUCAUUCAGCUAACACCUAAAGACAUGUUUAAUUAUCCCAAAAAUAUUAGAUCCACAACUUCUAACCCCAUUGCUAAUACAUCUUUUGAUAUCGCCAGUGGGAGUACUGAUUCAAUCGCCAUUGAUCAUUCGUUUCAGUUUCCAGACAGCUUGUGGUCGGGUACAACCCUCAAGGAACAAAAAUGGAUCGAAGAACAGGCUCGUUUUCGUCAGCAGCAAUUGGACACUCAAAAACUAGCAGCAGGGUUUUUUACUGGCAAAGCUGCUCAUCCAUUCUUUGCAUCAAAAUCAAAGUCCAAUCCCGUGUCUAAAAAGGUCGACAAGACUGUUGUAACGAUAGACCCAAAAGUAGACAGAUCGAGCAACAAUGAAACCAAGACUUUGAACCAUAGCAAUGAUUCUACAGAGAUAAAUGGAAAGCUGUCUACUACAGUCUUUGACAAUACUACGUCGCUUGCCAUGUUUAAUCGUGUUGGUCGUCAAGAUUCGCCGACUAAACCAUCUCAUUCUGAAGACAAAUUAUUUUCUGCAGAUGCACCAUGGCCAACUCAUCAGCUCGUACAUGUUGGAUACACUUAUCCGCCCAACUCUGUGACUAGCAAGGUUGCUAGUCCAUCACAGCGCGCUCAAUCCCCUUUGAUUUCAGCAAAUUUUGUAUCCAAUCAAGACGAGUUGGAUUGGUUUAGACAAUCGUAUGCUGCGAUUGCUUUAUAUACAACUUCCGACACCCAUCACAAAAACCAAUCUAAUCCAGUUUAUAUCUCCCACACAGAGGCUAUCGCACAACUGAUUGAUAAAUACAAUUUGUCCAAAGAUAAAAACACUCAAACUCACUUGCCGCCUUUUCAAACGGGUGCACUACAACAUUUACUCAACACCAUCAUGUCAACUUCAAACACAUCCCAUCCACCUUCCAUUACGAUGGACUGGACACACAAGUAUCAGCCCACCUCUACUUGUGAAAUGUUGGGUGAAUGGAAUGUAGAUGUUGGUAAACAGAUUGUGGAGUGGUUAUGGCAGUGGAAACGUCGAUCUGGACUACUCACUGGAUCAGAUCCACUUUGCAUGUCUGUCGCGACAAUCAAGCGACCUCGGGAACUAAACCAAAUAGGAGCAAUUGAAAAACGGAAACGGUCUGAUGAUAAAUGGGACAAGGGUAUUCCUACCAUGGUUCAAACCGCACCAGGAUUAUUCCAGCUUGAUUUUUCGUGCAAUGAUGAUAGAGCGGACAGUCGUGAUUUUAUGGAGGAUAUUAUUGUUGAUGAUGAUUUGGACAGCCUAUACUAUGAUACUGAAACGGCGAAAAAACAGCGUCAUACCAAACUCGGUGCUAAAGCCAAGUCUACCGGGAAAAAAUCUAGUCGAAAAGCGUCCUUGUUCAAACUGAUUGUAGGUCCAACUGGGUGUGGAAAAUCGGCUUUGGUUUAUGCAGCUGCUAAAGAAUGUGGAUAUCUGGUUGUUGAAAUGAAUGGAAGUCAGCGACGAACGGGAAAAGAUCUAGUUGGUAUUCUAGGCGAAGCUAGUUUAACUCGAGGUAUGAGAGGGAAUAGUGGUGCCUGUUUUGAAGAAAAUAUGGCUAGUCUGAUGACUAGAUUGAAUAGCGAUGAUAAUGACAGUACUUAUACGGUGGAUACAAAAAGUCGCAACGGAAAAGUAGCACCAAAGACUAGCCAAGCAAAAUCAAUGGGUGAUGCAGCCCGCGCUCUUUUUUCUCGACGCUCCAAAUCUCGGCCAUCUGAAUGCAUUUCUACUGUUUCAGCAACUGUACCCUCGGACGCGAUUGCUAUAAGCGAUAACACCGUUGCUAAUUCAUCCACCGCCAACCCCAUAGAUUUAAAACACAUUAAACUGGGUGACAAUACAUCCACUACUGCACCAUUACCUUUGACAAAGGAUCAAGCUGGCACACUUUUAUUGAUUGAAGAUGUUGACAUUCUUUUGGAAGAGGAUCGAGGUUUUUGGACAGGAGUCGCAACUUUGAUUGAAACUUCUCGCACGCCUAUUAUUCUCACUUGUACAUCCAAUCCAUUCACUUUAAAUAACCCAACUAUUCCAUCUAUGCUUCUUCCGCUACUCACAGAUGCAUUUGAGGUGUUAGAACUUCGUAAUCCAGAAUGGGAAAUCGUUCAACCUUAUUUACACGCCAUGGGUGUAUGUGAACAUGUUGUUGUUCAUGAAAGUGAAAUUGAACGUAUUUGUAAAGGCAUCAACGGUGGUUUACGUCAGUUUAUAUCCACAUUUCAAGCAUGGUACCAAAUUCCAACAUCACCUACUCAAUGUGUAGUAAUGACUUUACCGCCUAUUGUUUCAAACAAUGCUUUGCAUUUGGUUGUUGACACUGUUGUAACACAAUCAGACAGAGUGCAGCAUGUCAAGGAUGUGAUGGCACACGCAGAUCGAUUGGAUCUUAUCAGUCAGCGCGAUCUUCUUGCACCAAGCGAUUGGCAUACAUUCAUGUUUUCUUCACCUGAAACAUGGUUAACCUCUCCUUGGUGUGAGAAAGAUACCACACAGCAGGUUAUACCUACCCAUCAUUUACUUCAACGCCCGCCGUUUACAACUGUCGGAAACUCGUGGCAUUCGCGUGGAUUUACUGGGAUCUAUGGUUAUGGAACACUUGCUAUUGAAUCUGUAGUUGAAUGCAUUAAUGAUUUAUUGCCGUCAAUACCAAUGGCUGGUCCAACUCUACAUUUACCAGAUUUUAGUACUUGCUAUAAAAAAUUGAAAUCGAUUGAUGGUAUGAAAAAUGUUGUUGGAGAUCUUGCAUUUGCUAUACGACCUAGAGCCACGUUGGUUUGGGUCGUUCCAUAUACUAUCAAGCUGUGUCAAUUGGAUACACUUGAAUCUUUCAAGACAUUUCAAUCAUUACACAUGAAACCUUUGACACCAGGUUUUACUGAGAUGGCUACUAAACCUUUUUUGAAUGAUCCGAUUACUCAGUUUGACGAUGACAAUGAUUUCGAGUUUGCAGUGGAAAAAAGAAAACGACGUUCAGCGAGGCUAUUUGCGGGAAUGUCAUCUAAUCAUAUCAUUGAUUGCUUUAAACGACGAUUACAAGGUAUUAUCACAGAAACUGAAGCCAAUGCAAUAGCUAAAUUAUGGGAUAUACUUUCCAACCAUGUAGUCGCGUCUUUAUAG